AUGGCUCCAGCUCGUCUGCAUCUAGCUGUCCUGGACUGCGAUACUCCGGUGCCAAAUGUCCUCCCAAAACGUGGUCUAUAUAGUAAUAUUUUCGGAAAUCUAUUACGAGAUGCUGCUCUCAAGACGCGUAACCUUACGAACCUGAAGCUUGUCUUUAGUAGCUAUGAUUCAGUGCUAGGAGAACUUCCUAGGUCCAAGGAGCUGCAUCAUAUAGAUGGAAUAAUAAUUACUGGAUCAGCUGCGGCAGCCUAUGAUGCAGAGCCAUGGAUUAAGUCGCUUACGGAAUUUGUCAAGAAUAUAUAUACUUCUCAUCCUCAUAUCAAACUCUUCGGGUCCUGCUUCGGCCACCAACUAAUUUGCAACGCUCUCUUCUCCACACCCCUCGACCCAGUCGUCUCGCGAGAUCCAAAAGGUUACGAACUCGGCGUUCAUCCCAUAACACUCACCAGCUCCUUCCUGACACGUUUUGGUCCCGUAACAUCGAAUAAUUCCAGCCCAAAGGAACUCCGCCUGCAAUUCGUGCAUGCUGAUCAUGUUGUCGUACAAUCUCUACCUGAAGGCUUUCACUCUGUCGGAAGGUCGAAGCACUGUGCGUUGCAAGGGAUUUGGAAGAAAGGACGGGUGUUGACGUAUCAAGGGCAUGCGGAAUUUGAUCGGUUCAUAAAUGGGGAGACUAUCAAGGCGUUCAGGCAGCCGGAGUGGAGUGAUCAGUAUCUUGCGGAUGCCUUGAAGGCUGUUGAUUCUGAUGAUGAUGCCAUUUGGGCGGCUGGGGUAAUGUUGAGAUUCUUCCUGGAGAGGAUGGAGUCCAGGAGAACUGGAUCGAAAGUUAGCCAUUAG